AUGGGACUCAAAGGGUUAAUCGAAAAUGAUAUUGACUUGGAAUCUUUUCCAAGCUUUAGUGAACAUUAUUUUGCUAUAAAUGGUGCUGCAUUAGUCUUGCCAAAAAAUGAAUGUCUUGUGACUAAGGCAGUUACUGGAAGUGCUGCGCAUUUACAACAACAUUUGCAGCAAAUGUUCAGUAUUUUAAGACCGGAAGAUCGAAUAAUAUUGGCAGUAAAACUCGAAAGUGGUUUUCCAAACCGUAUUCGUUAUUUAGUAAUUGUAUCAUGUAUUGGUCGUCAAGAUUCAGAAGAAUCCGCCAUAUUAGGAUUUGAUUUUUCAUCAAAUGAAGUAACAAUCGGAAUGAUUUUACCAAUAUUUGCUGAUAUGAAUAUUACUCUGGAUGGUGAUGGGUCGGCUUAUCAAAGUUUACAUAAAGCAUCAACUCAAGCACGUUUAUUUAAUUAUAUGGCCGGUGGUUUAACUCAUACAUGGAUUGAAUUUUACCGAAGUUUGGAUUUACAAUCGAAUCAAAUGUGUAUCAAUGAAUGGUUUCAAAUGGAUGAAAUAUUAUCUCAUCGAUCAGAUUCACCACAUCUAUAUCAAACGCUUUCGUCAGAUGAAGAAAUAUUGCGUCAACAUAUACACGUUAAAUUGAAAGAAAUCAUGUUAAUGGUUGAUCUUGAUGAGGUUACAUCGAAAUUUUUACGUGAACAGUUAGAAAAUGUUUUUCAAAUGAAUUUAUCCUCACACAAACAAUACAUUGAUGAUGUUAUGCUCCAAAUACUGGCACAAAUGGAUAAACCAACAAUGAUAUUAUCACAUUUGUAUCUUGGAUCAGAGUGGAAUGCAUCGAAUUAUGAAGAAUUAAAAGCAAAUAAUGUUGGCUAUAUUCUGAAUGUAUCGCGUGAAAUCGAUAACUUUUUCCCAGGACAAUUUAAAUAUCUUAAUGUACGUGUACAUGAUAACGAUGAAGCUGAUCUAUUAAAAGAAUGGGAAAAAACAUAUCGAUUUAUUAACGAAGCAAAAGCAAAUAAUCAAGCAUGUCUUGUCCAUUGUAAAAUGGGUAUCAGUCGUUCAGCUUCAACUGUACUCGCUUAUUUAAUGAAAGAAAACAGUCAUACAUUGAAUGAUGCACUUGAUCAUGUUAAAAAACGUCGAAGUUGUAUUAAUCCAAAUGGAGGUUUUCGUAGUCAGUUACAAGUGUACGAAGGAAUAUUAGCAGCAAAUAAAACAUUUCGAAGUAAACUUGGUGAUGUCAUAAUAAAAAAGCCACUAUCAACCGUGCCAAACAAUGAGAUUAAUGCAAUUAAUACUUCAGGUACCCUCAUCACUACAUCGAUUAUUCGUGAACCAUCACCUACAAACACGGUUACUCUUCUAUCCCAAGAAAAAAUUGGAUCAGAUUAUACCGAUGAACUUGGCUCGUUAUAUUUGAUUGAGCGUUUAUUACAAUCAUACGAUCAUUAUAAUUCAACUGACAUCGACUCUAAUAUUUCAUUACCACCAUUACAUAUUAUUGAUACCAAUACCAAUGAAUUAGAACAAGAAGAUGAUCACCAACAACAUAUAGAUAAUGACAAGCGAACAGUUAAACCUUUAAUUCGUACACUUAAAGAUGAUACUUUUUGGAUACGAACGCGUGUUGAGAAUGAAAUUCGAUUACAAGAUGACGAUAAUGAAAAUAACAUCUUUGAAUUUCAUUAUACAAAAUCUGUUGAACAUAAAGAACAGCAAAUUUCACCUUGUUUAUCAACAGUAUUAUCAUCGUCUAUUUCAUCAUCUUGCUCAGCUUGUUCAUCGAACAAAAGAAAAACAAUUUUUUUAAGUGAUGGUAAUAUCGAUAAGAAGCGCGUAAGUUCCGAUGACUCCUCAUCGAGGACUUCAGUGUCUGUUACAUCAUUCGAUCGUCAACAAAAGUUGGAACUAUCACAGCAUUACAAUCUGGUGAACGUUGAACAACGUGAAGUAUGUGGCGUAAACGAAACAGUAACUUUAAACAAAAUUAACAGUAGUAAUGAUGAUCAUUAUGAGAAUUAUUGGUUAAUGAGAACAAGUUCGAUGCGAACACCAAAGAAAAAAUUAAAUACACGUUUAAAUGUCAGUGGUGUUAGCCGAUGUUCAAGUUUAAAAGAUGAAAAACGUUUCCUACCACCUCGUGAUGAUGGCGAAAUUGAAAAUAAUACCAAUAACAGUUUACAACGACAUUCAGUUGAUUUGGAGAAUCAAAAAUCGUUAAGGAGGUCACGAAAAGUACAUUCGAUUACACAAGAUUUUGAACGAAAACCGUCUCUAUUCACAUUGUCGAGCAAUAAUACUGGAGCUACUGUCGUUACUGGUUCAAAUACAGAUAUUUUCAAACGAGAAGGUAUUGAAAUUAAAGAUGGACUUGUACGUUCACAAGUGAAAAUGUUUAAUGCUGGUCCAACAACACCAACAACUGCAUUAUGUUUACUAUUAACUGAUUGCGAUGAAUUGAAGUUGAACUAUGAUAAUUCAAAUAAUGUUAAUGAAAAUACAUCAAAUAUAUGCGAAGUAACAACAACAGUUACCAACUUAACGAGUAUCAUCAAAGAUGAAAAAUACAAUGAAAAAUCACCGUCCUCUGGUUAUGGUUCACUCGAUUUCCCAGUUACUCAAACAAAUGAGAAACAUCAAGAGAAUGUUGGUAACAAUGAGGAUUGUUCAUCAUACAAACUAAGAAGUGAUCAUGACAGGAAUCUAUACAUGAACGCCGAAUUAAACAAACGUUUAGAAAAUUCAACGAUAAUUUCAUCUGAAAAUGAAUAUCAUGUAAAUAAGCCACAAUCUCAGCAAUCAUUUAUAUUGCCUGUCACGCGUUUUAAUAGUGAUAAAACAUCAAUAAUCGAAUUAUCACUCGCCACUUCAAAAUCAAAUCCUAAGAUUUUAAAACGACCUCUUUCUUGUAACGGCUAUGUUCAAACAACGGUAACAUCGUCAACGAUUUCAGUGAAUAAAAAUAAUCGUAAUAAAAAAGUAUUUGACUACGUGUAUCGUAACCAACCUAUCGAUUAUUCUCUAUCAGCCACUUCUGGAAGUAAAAGUGAUAUCAAUGUUGUCCAGGGUCGGUCUCAUCCAUUAUCAAAAAUGAGACAACACCACUUGAAUUCGUAUUCAUCGAAUAAAUAUGGUGAUAGUGGAUCAUCAAGAGACGGAGGAGGAGGUGGAGGAUAUCGUUCAUAUGGCAAUGAUCGUUCAGGAGGAGGAGGAGGAGGAUCUGGUGGACGAACUUUUUCUGAUCGUGGAAGUUAUCGAAAUAAUUAUGGCGGGGGUGGUCGACGAGAUGACGAUGAAGUUGAGAUUCAAAAAGAUACAAUCUUCAUUCAAAAUUUACCAAAAAAUAUUACGCGUGACGAAUUAUAUGAUGCAUUCAGCGGCGUCGGACAAAUUAAGUCUGAUCAACGAAGUGGUGGUCCAAAAAUAUGGAUUUAUAAAGAUCGUAUGAGCGGUGAAGGAAAUGGUCGUGCAACAGUGACAUAUGAAGAUGAAAGUGUCGCUGAUGAAGCUAUUCUAAAAUUUAACGAUCAACAUAUUUCAUCGUUAGGAGUAGUUGUUAAAGUUCAAUUGGCACAAAGACGACCAAGACGAGAUUUUGGUGGAGAUCGCGGCGGUUUUGGUGGUAGAGGACGUAGCAGCGGAUUUGGUGGAGGACGUGGUGGCGGAGGAUUCAGUCGUGGUGGUGGUGGUGGAGGCUACAGCCGUGGAGGUGGAUCAUUCGGUGGCGACGGAGGUGGUGGUGGUGGUUUUCGGGGUGGACGAGGAGGUUUUGGAGGCGAGAGCGGUGGUUAUCGAGGAAGAGGACGUGGAGGAUCGUCAAGUGGUUAUUCACCAUAUUAG